AAGACCCUGUGUAGGUUCUUUUCGAUGCGUUUACAAUUAGUUGAUUAUUAACUAACAUCUCAUUCCUAUAGGAGUUCAAUCUUCCCUUGAAUCUCCCAGUGGUAAUGUCUCAGCCUGUGAAGCUGGAUGACACUGAUUCGAAUCUGGAGCAAUACCUAUUUGUUGAGUUCCAGUUAACAUGAAACACAAGGUUUCCUAUUGAAUACCUUCAACUAUCUUACGUCUCAGUAUAGUGUACAUGAUAUCGAGUUACAUAGACUAGGGUCACAUUGCAACUUGACAAAUAGGAUUUGAUCAGCACUAAAGGACUAAACAAAUGUGAGAUUGCUCGCUACUUACUUAUUAAACGUAAUACUAAGUAUGUUGAAAAGGCCUGAAUUCAAAAAUAUUGUGUCUAUAAAAGUUAUGGAGAAAACAACAAACCUACAAUAUCAUAUAAACAUUGUUGAACUAGAUUCAUAUACUUGACAAACAUUAAAAUCUGAUUAAAUUUGUCAACCCUAAAUGUCUAAUUACUCUUAUUUAUUUUCCUAUUGUUCAAGUGGUUCAUUUGAGUAUGCUUACAUUUUCUAAUCACCUGUUGAACUCGUGGCCGUCUGUUGAGUUUCAGCAUAAAUGGUUCCAUAAAUUAAAUGUUAUGAUGGGCAUGAUAGGAAGUUGUGUGACUUAAGUAAAUAAUGUUUUAAAAUCGCCUAUGAUAUAUCUAAGUUUAUUUUUUAUUUGAUAAUUUAUAUAUUUCCAUGUUAAUUUAUCGGGAAAAUACAUGUUCCACUGGGAUGGUGGAGAAGAUUUGUAGCUCAGGUGGAUGAUGAUUUUGGUGAAGUUUUUUCCUCUGAGCUGGAUGGUUAUAUCAAUACACGUGGACAACUGCGGACACUCAUUCGAUUGGAAAAAUGUGGAAAUUUUAGACAGAGGAAAUUCCAAAAACACUAGAGAAUUUUUAGAAGCCUGGCACUCAGGUCAAUCAGCAAUCAACAAACAUAUUGAAAUCAAUACAAUUUAUCAACCAAUCAGGAACAAAAAUCAAACCAAUAGGAGACACAACCAAAACAAAGAAGUAAACAGUGACAAAUUUAAGGUCAACAAGAACCAAUCAACAUCGAGGUGCACAGAACAAGCUGUGAAACACAUAUGGAGAAAUUCGAACACUGCACUUCUAUCUGAAGUUUGUGCUGAUGUCGUUCAGAAGAACGAUGAAAGCUCCUCGACCAAACCAUCCAGCUCAGAGAACAAAACUCUACCAAAAUAUAUCUUGUCAUUUUAUACUAGUUCAUUGGGUGAUUUAUGUCGAUAAUUCGGUCUCAUGAGUUGCUAUCACUCAGUCAAAUUGUAUUGUAGCAUAUCAACUAUCGAUUAUUAUUAUUAUUAUUAUUAUUCCUAUUGAUAUGUCUUGUCGAUUGAACGCUAUAUUUGUUUCCCAAGCUAUUCCGAUGACCCGCACGCUAGAACUACACAGCGACCUGAACACCAGAGAGAAGACGCAAGUAUGAGAGAAAUACUUAACUCCAAGGUUUUUUUGUCACAGAAAAUACAGGGCUUUUGUAAUAUGCUUAAAGGUCCUUGGGUUGCCAGAAGUUUCUGGAAGGCUACUAAACAUAGUAGCUGUGUAGCAAUCAACCAAUCAGAAUCACUACAUGUGACGUUUCGCCCCCUUGACAUUUCUGGCUAAAACGUCAUAUGAACGCCGAUUAAAGGAAACGCUUCUUAGUGUUUCCUGACCCUUGGCUUGACCUUCGCUUGACACUUUGCGAGAAAUUUGCUGGGUCAUCCCAACACCUAUUAGUUCAACAAUCAAAAUUUCGUUAAUCAAA